AUGCCGUUUAUACCGAACACGCCCGAGUCUCUGAUAGGCCGCUCCGACUCCAAGAACCCAGACACUACAUGUCGAGGCAUUACCGGGAGUGGGCGGCCGUGUCGCCGUCCGCUGGCAGCCUCUCCCUCAGCCUCUCCAGCGGCCUCGCGCACGAGAGUGAGCCGACUGCGCGCCGACGACCCUUCCGACCCUGAGCUGUAUUGUUGGCAACACAAAGACCAGGCCAGCUUGUCUGCUAGAUCCAGUCCUGGCCCGAGGACGACGACGACCCCAAUCCUCGAAACCCGCGAAAGCUUGGAUACCCUGAUAGACCGUCUCGGGAUCGUGGAAGCGCAGCAGAAGAAAUCACGGAAAGAUGGACGCGGCUCUGCCCCAGGACCCCGCCGUAACAGUAACUUGGGCGAGAAGGUCACGCAGGCGGGCCAAGGAAACGUGUCACAGCCGCCCAAGCGGAAGCCGAAGGCAAAGCAGCAGACUUCAUUCUGUUGCUGCUUCAAGAUACCCGUGUACGAAGAGGAACGCCCUGCACGACCAAAGCCGAGGCCGCUGCAGUCUGCACCCGCAGCUAUGGGCCCGUCUGCCAAGCUGCCCUCGAACCAGUAUCUGGCACCGUCAUCAGCAGGCCCGCGACCAAGCAUGGCCCAUUCUUCCCGACGUACUUCUGCGCAGUCUACGACAUCACAGACAUCCACGUAUCUGCAGCUCAUACCGCCGACGGCCUCACCACAGACUGCCUCUCAACUUAUGGCCGAACUCGCGAAGCCGAUAUCCCAACAAGACGAGCCUGGCUACAUCUACAUUUUCUGGCUGACGCCCGAGUCUAAACCGUCGACCCCUGCAGCGGAAGCAGCACGAGACCUGCUCGCACCACCCUCGCGUUCCAACGGCCGACAGCGCCGGACAAGCGAUGUGCUACAGUCAUUCGCUACCCAGACGGCCAACUCGUCCAAGAAGACGGUCUUGCUGAAGAUCGGCCGGGCCUCGAACGUUCAACGACGUUUGAACGAGUGGUCGCGGCAGUGUGGAUACAACCUCUCGCUUAUCCGCUACUAUCCCUACAUAUCGACCGCUCAGCCUUCCACGCCGAGAAAGAUGCCGCACAGCCACAAGGUCGAGCGGCUGAUCCAUAUCGAGCUUGCUGGCGCCGGACUUCGACUAAGUGAUAGGGGAAACUGCGAUUCCUGCGGCAAGGCUCAUCGUGAGUGGUUCGAGGUGGAGGCUAGUCGGAAGGGCAUCACCAUGAUUGACGAGAUUGUCAAGCGCUGGUCUGACUGGGAUGAGUCGAGAGGCUGA